AAUUUUAUUUAAACCCUGAUACAACACCACCACUACUACUUACUCCGUCGCCCACCUCUACCUCCACUCCAUUCCUGGCUCUCACCAGAUGCCGCACCACUCCGCCGCCAUUACGAUUCCUCUCUCUCAUAAUCUUAGUAUUUCCUACAUGGGGUUUUCAUUCCAAUCAACAUACUCAAUCAAAAUCAUCAAAAUAUUUCAUACAUAUUUCAUACUUGGUUACAUAGAGUCCAAAGAGAAAGAAGAUAGAGAGAGAGAGAUUUUAGGGUUUUUUUUUUAUUUUUUUAUUUUUAUGUAAUUAAUAAUGGUAUUAUAAAAAUAUAAUUGAUUAAUAAGUCUGUUAUUUAUUACUAGAGAGCUUUUUUUGUAUAACAGGAUGCAAAGCCAAGGAAAAGUGAUCUUAAAAAACGCUGAAAUCUUGAACCAUUUGGUAUCUAUUUACAAAGCGGAUGGAGAGAAGCUCAUCAAUGGCCAAUUUGGACUUGUCUUGGAAUCCAUUCAGGAAGCCGUAAUGAUAGUUCCUCGAAUUGCACUUGCUGUCCGACCAAGGCCCGGAUUCACAGAAUAUAUAUGUCUGGAUCUAAAUGCACUCACUAUUGAAGAUAUGAGCGUGCCCCAAUAUCUGCAGUUGAAGGAAAAACUCGUUGAUGGAUGUAGCAAUGGCACCUUUGAGUUUGAAUUGGACUUUGAAUCAUUCAAUGCAUCAAUUCCUCACCCAAAGCUUUCAGAAUCUAUUGGACAUGGUGUGGAGAAUGUUAACCGCCACCUAUCUUCAAAAAUGUUCCAUGACAAAGAUAUGAAGCAGCAACUGCUUGAUUUUCUUCGUCUUCAUAACUACAUGGGCAAGUCACUCAUGGUAAAUGAUAGAAUUCAGAACUUGGACCAACUUCAAUCUGUUGUCAGAGAGGCGGUGGACUUUCUGUCUACCCUGCCUUUGGAUACCCCAUUUUCUGAUUUUGAAGAUAGAUUCCAAGUGAUUGGUCUGGAAAGGGGUUGGGGUAAUAGUGCUGAAUCAGUGUCAGACAUGCUUAAUCUGCUCUUACAACUCCUGGAGGCUCCUGACCAUUGUGCUGUCGAGAAAUUUCUCGGCACAGUCCCUAUGGUUUUCAAUGUUGUUAUUCUCUCUCCCCAUGGUUACUUUGCUCAAGACAAUGUCUUGGGCUAUCCUGAUACUGGUGGCCAGGUUGUCUACAUUUUGGAUCAAGUUCCUGCCAUGGAGCACGAGAUGCUUCAACGGUUGAAAAAACAAGGACUUAAUGAUAUCAUCCCUAGGAUUAUCAUUGUCACUCGCCUUCUGCCAGAUGCAGUUGGCACCACGUGCAAUCAACGCAUUGAGAAAGUCUAUGGAACAGAGCAUUCAUACAUUCUGCGAGUUCCCUUUAGAACUGAGGAGGGAAUUCUUCGCAAGUGGAUCUCACGUUUUGAAGUGUGGCCAUAUAUGGAGACUUUCACUGAGGAUGUUGCAAAUGAAAUUCUUGGAGAGUUGCAGACAAAGCCAGACUUGAUCAUUGGCAACUAUAGCGAGGGAAACCUUGUUGCCACCUUGCUAGCUCACAAAUUUGGGUCAACGCAGUGUACUAUUGCUCAUGCUUUGGAGAAAACUAAAUAUCCAAAUUCUGAUGUCUAUUGGAAGAAAUUUGAGGAGAAGUAUCAUUUCUCCUCCCAGUUUACUGCUGAUCUUAUUGCAAUGAAUCAUACUGAUUUCAUUGUCACUAGCACUUUCCAGGAGAUUGCUGGAAGUAAGAACUCUUAUGGACAGUAUGAAAGUCAUACAGCCUUUACCAUGCCUGGAUUGUACCGAGUUGUCCAUGGGAUUGAUGCGUUCGACCCCAAAUUCAACAUUGUUGCACCAGGGGCUGAUACGUCCCUCUACUUCUCUUACUCAGAGGAGAGUAGAAGACUUGUGAAUUUCCACCCUGAAAUUGAAGAGCUGCUAUUUAGUGAUGUUGAGAAUGAAGAACAUUUAUGUGUAUUGAAAGACAAAACCAAGCCCAUUCUAUUCACAAUGGCAAGGCUGGAUCGCGUGAAGAACUUGACUGGACUUGUUGAGAUGUAUGGUAAGAGUGCUCGGCUUAGGGAGUUGGUGAACCUGGUUGUUGUAGGAGGAGAUCGUAGGAAGCAGUCGAAGGACUUGGAAGAGCAAGCAGAGAUGAAGAAGAUGUAUGAGCUCAUAGACACAUACAAGUUGAAUGGUCAGUUCAGAUGGAUUUCUUCCCAGAUGAACCGGGAGAGGAAUGGUGAACUGUACCGAUACAUUGCAGACAAGAGGGGAGCUUUCGUGCAGCCUGCUUUCUAUGAGGCUUUCGGGCUGACAGUGGUGGAGUCCAUGACCUGUGGCUUACCUACAUUUGCUACAUUGCAUGGCGGUCCAGCUGAGAUAAUUGUUCAUGGAAAGUCUGGCUUCCACAUUGAUCCAUACCAUGGUGAUGAGGUUGCUCAAGUGCUAGUUAAUUUCUUUGAAAAGUGCAGGGAUGAACCUACUCAUUGGGAAGCUAUUUCUGUUGGAGGCCUUAACCGCAUUAUUGAGAAAUUUACAUGGCAAAUAUACUCUGAGAGGGUGAUCAAUUUGGCUGGGGUAUAUGGAUUUUGGAAGCAUGUGUCUAAAAAAGAUGAACGUGUGAUUCAGAAACGUCGCUACAUCGAAAUGUUUCAUGCUUUGAUGUACCGUAAGUCGGCUGAAUCUGUUCCGUUGGCCGUUGAUGAGUAGUAGAUAAAAGGUGAUCAAUUUGGCUGGGGUAUAUGGAUUUUGGAAGCAUGUGUCUAAAAAAGAUGAACGUGUGAUUCAGAAACGUCGCUACAUCGAAAUGUUUCAUGCUUUGAUGUACCGUAAGUCGGCUGAAUCUGUUCCGUUGGCCGUUGAUGAGUAGUAGAUAAAAGGAAGAACCGUUGGCAGUGGCAGUUGAUGAGCAUGUGAUAAAAGGAAUUAUCAUGGACACAUGCUUAUGUAUAUGGCCCGUAUGGUUGGUUUGGUUACAAGAGGCCACGGAUGAGCUUGGGAAUCACCCUGAGAAAAAGUUGGACUUUACGCUAAAAGUUACUGGAGGGGACAUAAAAACAAGACCUGGCAUUUCUGAUGCUAUUGAGGGGACUAUACGGGAUGCUAUUGAAGAUUCCAUUACAUGGUCAGUGCGGAAAGUUGUUCCCAUUUUGCCUGGUGACUACAGGUAAUUUCAGAAAUUUUUAUGGAGUGGGAAGACUGAGCUCAAGAAGAUGUCACAUGUGUCUUGGAAAAAUGUCACUUUGCCUUUUAAUGAAGGAGGUUUAAAUAUCAGGAAAGUCCAGGAUCUGGACUGUGCUUCUAAAAUAUCUCUUUGUUGGGAUAUGUUGCAGCAGAAGGACAAACUAUGGGUGCAGUGGUUUCAUUCUAAAUAUUUGGCCAAGGCUUCUUUCUGGACAGUGAUCCCUAAGGCUGUUCACCUCUGUGGAAACAUAUGAUUGCAGCUAAAGAUAUUAUUUUGACUCAUUGUACUUUUAAAGUGGGAUGUGGUGAUAGAUUGAUGCUUUUGUCUGAUCCUUGGUGCCAUGGUAAUUCAUUGAUUCAAAGCUUUUGGAGCUACUGGGUUCAGAAGUCUGAAUCAUUAUGCUCCUGUGUCUUCCAUCAUAGAAUCUGGUCAGUGGAAACUUGAAGUCUUUCUGAUUUAAAGAUGACAUUGUUGUUGUGCCAAUAGCUGCCGAAUCUGAUGUUAUUAUUUGGAAGCAUGGUCAGUUCUCUCUGAAAUCUGCUUGGAAUGUCUGUAGAAAGCAAUCUGUGGUUUUAGAUUGGACUACUCUAUGCAGGAAAUACUGUUGUCCAAGGGUCUCUGUGGUUGUAUCUUUGAUUUUACGGAACAGGAAUCUGACUUUUGUGCACCUGCAGGAACCUUGACAUCUAUAUGUCAUAACUGUUUUGCUGGUUUAGACGAGAAUGAUAAUAACAGAAGAUAUAGUUCCCAAAAAUGACAAAAUGCUCAACCACCAGGCAUAAUCUUCUGUUAUUGCCUGUUGGACAUACACAGCAAUAACAGAAGAUUUAGUUUUAAUAUUCCAACAGGCUUCAGCUUUUGCUGUGAUAAACAUACGCCCCCUACGUGAUAGAAUGGAAACCAGCAAAGUAGUUGUAAGUUAAUCUUUCUCUUUGGAGGGGUUCCUGUCAUCCUUCUGAUCGGUUUAAAUAACUGUGCAUUUCUUUUUUCAUUGGUUGCGCUCAAAUGCAGCUGAAACAUCUAGAGCAUGGUAAAGGAAGAUUUGGAGGUGCAGAGAGAUAAUAAAAACCAGUUGAGAAUUUUGUUUUGAAUGAAUUUAUUAUCUGAUUCAAGUUUGAGAAAAUCCAAUGCUUAAUUGGAGACUGCAUAUAAGUAAGAAUAUUUUUUAUUUUUUAUUUUUUUUUUUAUGUAACCAAACAGCUGUAUAACAGUUUUUAUGUCACUGAAAAUGCUAAAGAUCUUCAUUGAUAUAUGAAACUUCCUUCCUUGUUA